AUGUCUCGUUCGCCAUCUGGCGUAUCACUUUCACCUCGUUCGAGUGAUCAUCUGCCACAUCCAAUUAUUCCACGACGAGAACGAACACUUUCUCAGUGUGAGCGGGCGCUACAAAGUCCAUCCUACGAAGGCACGAUUGAAGAAUUUUGCCGAGAAAAAGGUCAUGGUUAUAUUCGUCCUAAAGACAACCCGAGUCAAGUGAUUUUUGCACACGUCUCUGAUAUCGAUGAUGAUUAUGUACCGAAAAAAGGCGACAUUGUUUCCUUUAAGAAAAUGCUAAUGCCGCCGAAGAAUGAAAAAGUCAUGGCUGUGCAUAUCAAACUUCUACACUUAGCUGAAGGUGUCAAACACGAGUCAUGGGAAGAAGCAGUUGAGCAUGACAUGGAAACUCGACGACCUUCACGUCAUGAUUGUUUGUCGGUGACAAAUGAAACUGCUAGUAAUGGUGAUCAUGUGCAUCACGCUAUACCUCAUGUAUCACCUGCUACACACGUUGAUUAG